UCGAAAGCGAAGCACGCGUUUCUUGAUUUAUGUGCGCGGAAUUUUAGCCAAAUAUUUUGUCAGACUUGUGUUGUGUGGAGGGUGUCAGGCCUAAUGAGUCUACAGGCCUGCGUGUUAAUGGCGAAUUAAUGACGGGCGAUUAAAAUGCAAUAGCCACAUGCAUGGGCCCAGUAAUGAGCUGAACCAACCACCACUGUAAAGUGAACCAGUGCUAUAAAUUAGAGUCCCCUCCGAGUGUUGCCUACUUAGUGGCUUUUGGGCUUACGAUCUGUUUGAAGUGUUCAGAGCCCGUUAAAACCUUUUAACCAACCUACACUCCCCCAACCCAAAAAAAAAAGUUGUGUAAAACGGUUUAAGCAAAACAAAACACCAGAAAGACCCAAAAAAAAAAAAAACAAAAAAUAAAGGAAAACUCUUAGUGAAAGCGAACCAAAAACAGGGCCAAGCCGAGAAUACACUUUCAUUGCUCCCCAGGCAGAGCUUAGCCGAGAGUUGGGCCCGGCUCUAAUUUGACGGAAUCGUUAGUUGACCAGCCAAGUCCUCCCCCGUGCUGGCGGAUCGCGUGCCGACUACAAGCGUAAUAACAAUAAACUUGCGGAUAACAACCACAGAUACAGCAGCAAAAUGUCCCUGCCAUCCAGAGCCAAUUUCGGAUUACUCAACUGGCUCAUCGGCUGGCUGCUGCUGCUGUCGAUGGUCCUGCUCAGAGGCUACAGCGCAGCUAUGGCACCCACGCCGCCCACAACGACGACAACAACAAUCUCGCCCUCGAAUCUGCUGCCCUACUUCGACUUUGAUGUGCCGCGCAACUUGACCGUAACCGUCGGCCAGACCGGCUUUCUCCACUGCCGUGUGGAGCGGCUCGGCGAUAAGGACGUCUCCUGGAUACGCAAACGUGAUCUGCAUAUCCUCACCGCCGGCGGCACCACCUACACAUCCGAUCAGCGUUUCCAGGUUCUGAGACCCGAUGGCUCCGCCAAUUGGACCCUGCAAAUCAAGUAUCCACAGCCACGUGACUCCGGCGUCUACGAGUGCCAAAUCAACACGGAGCCCAAGAUGUCCCUGUCGUACACUUUCAACGUAGUCGAACUCAAAGCGGAAAUCUUCGGGCCCAGCGAUCUGAUGGUGAAAACCGGCAGCGACAUUAACCUAACCUGUAAAAUUAUGCAGGGACCCCACGAGCUGGGCAACAUAUUCUGGUACAAAGGCAGCGAAAUGCUCGAUGGCAAGAGUGAGAACGAAAUCGACAGUUCCAUGGCCCGGAUUCGCGUCGAGGAUGAUUGGACUGACGGGCUGACUUCGAGAUUAAAAAUCAAGCGCGCCAUGCCCGGCGAUACUGGCAACUACACCUGUGUGCCGACGGUGGCAAAAACCUCGAGCGUCUAUGUGCACGUAAUUAUCGGCGAACACCCGGCGGCCAUGCAACACAAUUCGAGCAGCAACAGCAACAGCUUCUACUGCGGCAUCUGCUGCAUGCUGCUGAGCAUUGUGUCCUGCUGCCUGCAGCACUUUUACGAGGCAUAUAUCCAUGUUGCGGCACCGUCGGUAAAAUCGGCGGCACUGCGGCCCCCGAGGCGAGCAUCGCUAACGACCAGCGAAACAGGAGGAAUUGCAUCAGCAGCAGCAGCAACUACAGCCACAGCAACAGCAGCAACAUCCACAUCAGCAACGUGCAACAUGUUGAAAGAACGCCUAGCGGCAACUCGGUGUUUGAGAUGAAGGAAUAAUCAACACGCAGCGAAACACUAAAAAGGCAAAACACACACCGUCACACACACAAGACACUCACACAUACACACACAUAUUCAAGGUGAUUUAAGUUUUCUAUGUAUCGCAUGGGGGGCUCAACCAUAAGUAUUUACUAACUUCUAAGAUUAAUGCACUUAGUGGAAAACAAACAUAUUAUCUGAUAAGCGAACAAGUAUUUAACAGUGUUAAGAGAGGAUGCUAAGCCCUUGAAAACUAAUAGCAAGUCUCAAAAAAACCUAUGCAUUUUCGUGGAGAAUCCUAAUGUAGUUUAAUCUUUUAAAAAGUAUAUAGUUUUGUUUGAGCAAUUCUUUCAAAUUUGUUUCCAAUCAAGAGGUAUAUAUAACAUAUUUGUUUUGAGUAUUUCAUCAAAUUUUGUUCUGAAAUAAUCGAUUCACUUACAGUUUGAAAUAUUCGUUGAGUAUCAUUUGUUUUAUUCUUUUACUAACUUUUUGACUGCCUAAAAAUUGCUUUACAUUGGUUAGAAAAUAAUUGAUUAAAAACCUACAGAGACAAUCGAUGACCGUAAACAAUACCCGAGAUAAGAGAUAUUCAGCCACUGGAUUUCUCUCUUUUGCUACAGAUCAUCGAUUGCACACCCACAGCGAAACCUUCCACACCCUUUCAUUAUAAAAUAAGACUUACUAGCUAUAAAACCCCCUUACAGUCCGAUUCACGGCAGGAAACCCAGUUCUUCGGAAUCACAAUACCCUAAUUGUACGCAAUAUCUCUUACUGCCAACGAACUCGCACUCCAGUAGCCCAUUGCAUCAAGUUGUUGGAUUCAUAUUUGCUGUAUAUAAUUGCCAUUCGAGAGAAAUUUAUUCAAGAGUACUUCGAACUGUUUAUAAACUUGCCGACUCAGAACAAAAUAAGAAGAUUUUGUGUUCGAGUAGAUCUGGUUUGGCUUUCCACUUUUAUCAGUUCUAGGAAUUAGCUAUGGUUAAGAACGAUUAUAAAUGAAUGUUUAGCCAAUAAGCGGAUAAACUACAGCAGUCGAUACUUGAUUUCAUUCGCCAGCACUCGAAAGUUAUGGAAAAACCUUGUUUUUGUCUGACCCAAUUGUGGGCGAAGCUCGUUUUAUUGUAUAUAAUUAGUUUUGGCUAGAAACAAAAAACCAACAAAAGAGGGGAAAAUUGAAAAUAAAUGCAAUUUAUAAUUGUGCUUAUCGAUAAAAUUGAUACGAAUGCAAUGCGAGUGUGUGCAGGCACUGUAAAUAAAUUCAUUAGUAGACGAAAUUGUAAUUUUAAUUAACUUAAAUGAUAUAAACAGAUAAAACCGAUUCGAAAGUUGCGAAUCGCCCUAGUUGUUAAGCCGCACGCUGAGGCAAAAUUGGCAUAGCUCACAUGCAGAACUAAAUUAACUUAACAACGUGACACAUAACACACUUUAAAUAAUAGUCAAAAUCUAGAUAAAUUUAAUACGCUCUAUCCCAGAGCCCGCAUCUUGUAAAUAGAGUGAAUGGACAUUACAUUAAUCAGAACAAGCUAAAUCCGUACAGAAACGCCUAAAAGCGUCGGAUUCGAAUUGAGUGUCAAGUAUUAAAGUCGGUCCCCGAUCAAAAAACAAUAACGAAACCCUAGCGACUACAAUAUGUACGAGGGUAUGUCACAGCAUUGCAGCUACAAGUAUAUUCACAUAUAAACCAGGUACUCUCAAAUCAUUUUUAUGUGUGCGUAUCGAUAGGUACCCUACAUAUGCAUAUACAGAUAGGAUUGUUGAAAAGCGGCAACAACCACAGGGACACAGCAGGCGAGAGUUUUGUGAAAUGAAACCAAAUCGAUUCAAUAAAAUUAUUAUUUAGAAAAUUUA